GGAAGAGGUGAUGAGGGUGAGUGAGUGGCGGGUCACUGUCCUUUCUGUCUCCAGGAAGGCACCAGGCCCCUGGUCUCUUUGCAGGAGAAGUCUCUCAGUGCCCCCGAGUCUUGCCGGGUGGCAGGGCCCGGGGGGCGGGGGGGGGCAGUACAAGGUCUUGGUGGUGAAGACCCAGGGCCCAAAGCUGAGCUCUGGAGGGGGCGGGAGGACCCAGAUGUUCCUGGGAAGACGGGUCGGUAGGACCUAGGCUGUGGCAGAGUCAGCUGGGUGGGGUGUGAUUUUCUGCUGCAGAAGGAGGCAGAAGGCGGCGCCCGUAAAUGUUAUAUUAGCCUCGUUCUUCAAGUCCCCAGGGGGUGAGAACCUGCUGACUGUGUGGCCAGUCCUGUCUUUCCAGAGUAGCAGAAACCUCCUUAGCUAAAGUAGGAUGUCCAUACAGGCGGGCCUUUGCUGACAGAUGCAAAGCCCUGGGACAGGGAAUUGAUGUGACCUCAUCCUGCUCCUGGUUUGGUCAGGAAGCCCAGCAGGCAGUGGGGCCGGGUCCCUGGUGUGGGGACCGAGUGCUUUGUGGGUCCAGGGCUCUGGUCUUAGGCACACCCCUGCGGGCCAGCUGCUCUGGGCCCAACCCGGGUUUGGCCUUAGGUCUGCAGGGACAGGGGAGCUGGUGAGGUGUCCAGAGAACCCCAUUAGGCACGUGCCUGUAGGCAGGGCGACGGGAGCCAGGAGGGGGUGAGCACCUGAGUUAGCCCGAGAGGAGGCCGAGGGGACCCGGCAGCGGAGCGUGAGGACCAGACACCCCCGCGAUGACCAGUUCCCCCGUCUCCAGAGUCGUCUACAACGGCAAGAGGAACAGUAGCCCCCGCUCUCCCCCCAGCAGCAGCGAGAUCUUCACCCCGGCCCAUGAGGAGAAUGUGCGCUUCAUUUACGAAGCCUGGCAGGGAGUGGAGCGAGACCUGCGGAGCCAGAUGUCGGGCAGCGAGCGGGGCCUGGUGGAGGAGUACGUGGAGAAGGUCCCCAACCCCAGUCUGAAGACCUUCAAGCCCAUCGACCUGGGUGACCUGAAGCGCCGGAGCACGCCUGACGCCAAGAAGUCCUGAAGCCGGUGUCCCCUCCCCACCCCCCCACCCCCCCCGCCUCUGGGAGACCCGGGUGCCACCCGAUGUUGGUCUCCCGUGGGCUCAGUUCCUGGGAGGGGGAGGGGCCGUGUGCCCAGGGGGCUGUCAACCCCAGGACCGGGAGGGGCACGAUUGGUGGCCAAGGCCUGCCCUUCCUCCCCGAGCCCCCUCCUUUCCUCCUAGGGGGUCUCCAGCUGCCCCUGCCCCUGGACGGGUCUGGACCCUGCCAGCCCCCACUCUCCCUGUAGUUGUCUCCUCGGAGCUGCCUGCCCCCACCCCAGGGCCUCGGCUCUGACUCCCCUCCACCUCCCGUCACCUUCCAUUGCCGCCACCCCCUGCCCCCCGGCCACUUCCAAGGUCACGAGGGAGACCUGGGGGGCCUGUGCCGUCUCCCAGGCUGGUGGUACUGGGCUGGCCUUGGCCCUGAAGUGGCCAGGAGGCAGGACAAAGGUGGCCCUUCCAUAACCUGUUGUGUAUUCCCUACCAACUCCUGCUGCUUCUCUGGCCUGGACACGUUGGGGAGCAUCUAAUUCUUCACCCCACUGUCCAGCCUGGCCCUGUCCUUCCCUGCAUCAGCUUCGGGUUGGCACCAGCCCUCUGGGCCUGGGAUGUUGCGAGCACCCGCUCAAAAGGGGUCCUGGGCAACCAGGCCUAGCCCCUUGUUGUCUGUGGCCCUGUGGCCACAGCAGCCCCCUUGGGCAGGGGUAUGAGGCUGGCCUUGGCCCUGUGCUGUGUGCCGGGACGGUCACCAGGGCCCCCCUUUCUUCCUGUGCUCUCCAAAAGCCAAGUGUCUGUGACUGAAGCCCAAGGACCAGUGAAUAAAGGCGGGUGGCGCUG